AUGGAUAACCAAAGCGCUACCGUUAGUGCCGCGAAUUCUACCAAAAAUUCCGAAGACUCUUUUUCUAACUACGAUGACGUACUAGUUACAGCAAUACGUAUCCUCAGCCUUCAGAACGCCGAAAUAUCAGCAUUGGUUCCGAAAUACCACGGUCAUCCUGAAGAAGACCUCCUAACUUGGCUAUCACGAAUUGAAACGUUGCAAGAACGUUUUGGAUUGACGCAAGAGUAUCUGGUCCCAAUAGCUGCUAAUAAACUCAGAGGUGUGGCUCUUACUUGGUUUAACACUAACUUACCCAGAGAUACUCAAUUUGAUGAGUUCAAAGAUAGGAUUAUCGACCAAUUUUUGGGUAACCAUUUCGUUAGUAAAAAGUGGCACAAUGAUAAUAAUUUCAUUGAGUAUUUCGAAGAUAAAGUUUCUAUGGGGAAGAUUCUCCACUUGCCAGAAAAAGAUAUAAUCAAAGAAAUUCUAGAGGGAAUAACAGAUAAAAAACUCAAAAAAAUGUUGAAAAAACACCAUUUUAAGAGUUUAGAAGAUUUUAAGAAGAAAAUAAUAGUAGAUUAUGGACAUGUAGAAUCUAUUAAAAACGGAGAAACCAGUGUUGGUGUUAUAAAUGGAUCUACGGACUCUGAUAUUUCGAAGAAAAUGGAGAACACAGAUUCCAGACAUUCCAUGGAGUUGUUUGGUAGUGAUAAAUCAUGGGGCAGGCAUAAGAAACAGAUGAACGUACGGGUGACCACCAUGGACGCGGAGCUGGAAUUCGCGAUCCACCAAACGACGACCGGAAAACAACUUUUCGACCAAGUAAUCAAAACCGUCGGCCUAAGAGAAGUGUGGUUCUUCGGAUUACAAUAUACCGAUUCUAAAGGUGAUCUUACCUGGGUCAAGCUGUAUAAGAAGGUGCUGAGUCAAGAUUUGAAAAAAGAAAACCCAUUCCAAUUCAAAUUCCGUGCCAAAUUCUACCCCGAAGACGUCGCCGAAGAACUCAUCCAAGAUAUCACUUUACGCUUAUUCUACCUGCAAGUGAAGAACUCUAUUCUCUCCGAUGAAAUCUACUGUCCGCCCGAAACGUCCGUCCUUCUGGCUUCGUACGCUGUGCAAGCCAGGCAUGGAGAUUACGAUAAAUCUGUUCACACGCCAGGAUUCCUAGCCAACGAUCGGUUGUUACCUCAAAGGGUAAUGGAUCAACAUAAGAUGUCAAAAGAUGAAUGGGAGAAUAGCAUCAUGACCUGGUGGAAAGAACAUAGAGGUAUGUUAAGAGAAGAUGCCAUGAUGGAGUACUUGAAGAUAGCUCAAGAUCUAGAAAUGUACGGAGUUAACUAUUUCGAAAUACGUAACAAAAAGCAAACAGAAUUGUACUUAGGUGUCGAUGCGCUUGGACUUAACAUUUACGAAAAAGAUGACCAACUUACACCUAAAAUCGGUUUUCCUUGGUCGGAAAUCCGCAACAUCUCUUUCAACGAUCGUAAGUUCAUCAUCAAACCCAUCGACAAAAAAGCACCCGAUUUCGUUUUCUUUGCUCCACGUGUGCGCAUCAACAAGAGAAUUCUCGCUCUUUGCAUGGGCAACCACGAAUUGUACAUGCGCAGACGUAAACCUGAUACCAUUGAUGUGCAACAAAUGAAAGCGCAAGCGCGCGAAGAAAAGAUGGCAAAACAACAGCAAAAAGAAAAGCUCCAGUCUGAAAUAGCGGCAAGAGAAAGGGCCGAAAAGAAACAACAAGAGUAUGAAGAUAGAAUCAAAGCCAUGCAAGAAGAGAUGGAAAGGAGCCAAGCCAACUACCAGGAAGCUCAAGAGAUGAUAAGACGAUUGGAGGAACAAUUGAAACAAUUGCAGGCUGCCAAAGAAGAAAUGGAAAAGAGACAGAACGAGUUACAGUCCAUGAUGGAGCGUUUAGAAGAGAGCAAGAACAUGGAAGCUGCCGAGAGGCAAAAAUUGGAAGAGGAGAUCAGGGCCAAACAAGAAGAGGUUCUACGUAUCCAACAAGAAGUCGAGGCUAAGGACAGCGAGACUAAACGUCUUCAAGAAGAGGUCGAAAACGCUCGUCGUAAGGAGGAAGAACUUAAACAACUGCAACUCGCCAAUGCAGCCAAAGGUCAUUUGGAAGAAAAUGACCAUAAUGAAGACGAUGAAAUGGUCAAUGGUGAUGUUAGCAAGGAUCUUAGCACCGACGAAAACAUCGUCGAUCCAAUCGAAGAUAGACGUACGCUUGCUGAGAGAAAUGAACGUCUUCAAGAUCAAUUAUUGGCUUUGAAGAAAGACCUCGCUCAAUCUCGCGACGAAACCAAGGAAACUGCCAUGGACAAAAUCCACAGAGAAAAUGUUCGUCAAGGAAGAGACAAAUACAAGACUCUCCGUGAAAUCCGCAAGGGUAACACCAAGCGCAGAGUUGACCAAUUCGAAAAUAUGUAA